AUGGUAGGUCCUCAGCUUGACACGACUCUCGACGACCUGAUCAAGAAAAAUAAAGCUUCCGGUGGUGGCGGAGGGAGCUUCCGCGGCAGAGGUCGAUCUGGACCCGGCCCUGCUCGCCGCUUCUCCAACCGCGGUGCUAAUCGAGCUGCACCCUACACCGCCCCAAAGGCACCAGAUUCGGGGUGGAAGCACGACAUGUUCGGCGGGGAUCAGGCGUUGACUUAUAUGGCACAAGCCGGUGGUCGAUCCUCCUCUAUAGAGACCGGAACAAAGCUCUAUGUAUCUAAUCUUGAUUAUGGUGUUUCUGACGAAGACAUCAAGGAACUCUUUUCGGAGGUUGGUGACCUGAAACGAAAUUCGAUACAUUACGAUAGGAGCGGAAGAUCAAAGGGAACAGCAGAGGUUGUCUUCUCACGGCGACAAGAUGCUUUAGCAGCUUUCAAGAGGUACAACAAUGUUCAACUUGAUGGAAAGCCAAUGAAAAUUGAGAUUGUAGGAACAAAUAUUGCUACUCCCGCUGCUACUCCUGCUGCUGUGCCUCCAUCUGUAAAUAGCACUUUUGGAAAUACAAAUGGAGUUCCCAAAAGUAGUCAAGUAGGGGGUGGUGGUGGAUUCGGAAGAUCACGCGGUCGUGGCAAUGGAGGUCGUGGAUUGGUAAGGGGCCGUGGACGGGGUAGAAACAGUGGCGAGAAUAUAUCUGCCGAAGAUCUUGAUGCUGAUCUGGAGAAGUAUCAUUCAGAAGCAAUGCAGAUAAAUUGA